CCCCGGUCACCCCUGCCGCCCCCGCCCCGCAGCCCGCAUUCCUCGGCAGCCCGAGUCUCCACCGGCCUCUUCUGUGCAUCCAGCAGCGCAGAGCCCUCGGGCGGCCAUGCUCCUCGCACCCGGGGCAGCUGGGCGCCACCGCCCUGCCCUGCGGUGCCUCUGAAGCCUCGUUCACGCCUCACCUCGUUCUCGGUUCCGUCCCACUGAGAGCCUCUUACUGGGAAACUGGAUGACAGAGGCCAGGAGCGGCUGCUGCCUGGGGCCGGGCGGGGAGCCGGCGGGAGAGGGGCUGGGGUCACACAGGGUUCCUAGAUGGGGACAGUGAAUGGGCAUCAUCCAUCACAGAGCCUAACUCUGCCUCCGGCUGCUCCGAGCGCAGGUCCUCUCGAGGCUCCGGCUCGCAGGCGCCCUGGGCUCCCCGAGAGGCCUACGCGGACCCCUCAAUCACACUUGAGUAAAAUGGGUUUCUACGCGGCUUUCUGGGGACAAGAAGGAAGGAGGGCCCCAGGGGAGUCAGGAGGCCAGGGGCCACGUCUCAAGGUCGGCCAGAGAGCACGCAGGAGGGCACAGCUGGUGGGGCUGCGAGGUGGGAACCGGAGACUCUCCUCCCCGCCCGGCCCCUCUGCUUCUUCUAAAAAUGUGCCCGCACCCGGCCGACCCCCUUUGAAGACAGAUGUCAGGGAGAAAGCUGAUUACUGUCAAAGGCUGGAGGCUGCGACCAGAGCUCUCGGGAGCACAGGGAGGACGAGCUGCGUUUUCCAGAGAAGUCUCAGCGUCAGAUCUUCCCCCUCGUUAUCCGGAGAUGCUAGUCAAGUGACCCUGAAGCAAAAAGCUCUUCAAGGACCUCAAAGACCAGAGGACGUUCCCAGAUGGACCUAGAAGUGGCCCCAAGAUCCUGGCACUGGACAGAGUGACGGCUUCCUGGAGGCAGUGGCAGCAGGGGCCCCCACCAGUGAUGACAGUCACAGAUGCUCUGGCACUCUGGCACGCUCAGCCGGAAGAGCGUGUGACUCUUGAUCUUGGGGUCAGGAGGUUGAGCCCCACGAUGGGUGUAGAGAUUAUUAAACAAGUAAAC